GCACUUUCUGAAAAGGGCAAUACUAUUCCAGACAUAUUGCAGAGGUAUCCCCAGCUUCUGAGCUAGUGAGGCUAGUCUUAAAAAUAAAAUUGAGGGACAGGAUUCAGUUCCCCCUGGCAGGGGCAGGCUGAGGAACGCCUCCUGCCCCGUGUUCUAUUUCCCUUAGUGACAACAAGGAGGCUUCCAGUCGGAGCCCGGCGAGAGAGUUGGUGUGUCUGUUUUGCUGGCCUCUUCCCAAGGACUGAGUGGGGCUGCUUCGGGGGCGGCCUGCCAGAAUUGGAGGAGAAGAGGAAGAAUCCAGCGCAAUCAUGUUUUCUUUUAAUAUGUUUGAUCAUCCGCUCCCCCGGGUUUUCCAGAACCGCUUCUCGACUCAGUACCGCUGCUUCUCGGUGUCCAUGCUCGCGGGACCUAAUGACAGGUCAGAUGUGGAGAAAGGCGGGAAGAUAAUCAUGCCACCUUCUGCUUUGGAUCAACUCAGCCGGCUUAAUAUCACCUAUCCUAUGUUGUUUAAACUGACUAAUAAAAACUCAGACCGAAUGACGCACUGUGGCGUGCUUGAAUUUGUAGCUGAUGAGGGCAUCUGUUACCUUCCGCACUGGAUGAUGCAGAACUUGCUACUGGAGGAAGGAGGCCUGGUGCAAGUGGAGAGCGUUAAUCUGCAGGUGGCAACUUACUCAAAAUUCCAACCACAAAGUCCCGAUUUUCUUGACAUCACCAACCCUAAAGCAGUAUUGGAAAACGCUCUGAGAAAUUUUGCUUGCCUGACCACCGGAGAUGUCAUCGCCAUCAACUACAAUGAGAAGAUCUACGAGCUUCGAGUAAUGGAGACCAAACCUGACAAAGCUGUGUCCAUCAUAGAGUGCGACAUGAAUGUAGAUUUUGAUGCACCGUUGGGUUACAAGGAACCCGAAAGACAGGCACACCAUGAAGAAGCCACGGAUGUUGAAGCAGACCACAGUGGUUAUGUGAGUGACGUGGGAUUCCGUGCAUUUUCAGGAUCUGGAAACAGGCUGGAUGGGAAGAAGAAAGGUGUUGAACCCAGUCCGUCUCCGAUUAAGCCUGGAGAUAUUCGAAGAGGAAUACCGAAUUAUGAAUUUAAAAUUGGCAAGAUCACAUUCAUCAGAAAUUCCCGGCCGCUGGUCAAGAAAAUGGAAGAGGAUGACCCAGGAAGUCGCUUCAUUGCAUUUUCUGGGGAAGGCCAGUCGCUGCGCAAGAAAGGAAGAAAACCCUAAACCUCGACCCCCUUUGGCAUAGAGACAAUAAAAUAACCCUGCAGCAGCGUUGUU